UGUUUUGAAGUCUGUAUUUGUUUACAUUAGUUCAAUCCAAUAGUUUGGCUUCUACAGUAGAAUUAUUAGUGCAGAGAGUAAUCGGAUCCGUCUCCGAUACUUAAUGUAGCAUGUAGGUUGUUCGAUAUGCGGUGAGGUGAAUCUGGAGGUACGGAGAACAUGUUAAACUCUGCUCAGAAGAGUGCAGCAUCUCAAUCGGACAGCGACUCAGGCGACAGCUUGUUUGUGACUCAGUCUGUCACUUCAGCCAAGAGAACAGCCAAAAGACACCGCUCAUCAGAAAGACCAAGGAUCGGUCAGGAAUCAGACGAUGAAGAAGCCAGCGAUAAAGGUGACACCCGGCAUGUGGAGGACAGACUGAAUGCUGUACCCAAGAGAGACUCCGGUAGUGACAGCAGUGAUGUCGACCUCAGCAGCCUAUACCAGGCGUUUUCGUCACGCCUACAGAAAGGUGGCAGUCGCCCAGUGACGAUUGCACGAAGAGCUUCGUUUUCAUUUCUGGAGUCUCGCUCUGGAAGGCUGUCGGUCUCAAAGAACCAAAUUUUGGUGAAUGCAGAGGUCGGAGGGUUCUUCAAAUGCGUGAAGAAACUUAGCGAAGGACAAGAAGAAAGGAGUAGUCCACAUUUGCUUUGGCCUCCGUUGCUGAGCGACAAACUGCAGGAGUACAAUGAUGACGUUGAUAUCCAAACAGUGGACAUGCAUUGCUUUAUUCCUGUAGCCCACAAUAAGCACAGAGAAGCAUGGCUACACACCAACAUGAUACCGGCACCCAAAGACAGCAGUUUGGCAAGAGCCUCAUUUCCAUUCAAAUCCCUUGGGCUGAAUUAGAAGGUUGGUUCUGAGCCAGGCCCUCUCAUCCACUAUCAGUGUCUGUUUUUUCAGAUGGCCCUUUGGACUGACACAUGACAUAGUAUGACAUAUUGUGGACUGUCAAUUCCAUGUUAAUGGUUAUUGUUUUGGAGUAGAAUGUCCGACAAGCUUAUAGUUAUGGGUCUACAUAAUUGUGGUCAGAUAGUGUAUGUAUAUAUUUUUUGAAUGUAUUGAAAACUUGUCAAAUAAAUUAUGAAUAGUUAUUUUUUCAGCUGUAAA